CUCUCACACAGUGCACAGUAUCUGUGCCGCUGUCCUUGGUGCUGAUAGUUGCUCUCUCACACAGUGCAGUGUAUCUGUGCCGCUGUCCCUGGUGCUGAUCGUGCACCGUUGUGAGUCUGAAUAAGGAGUCACCUGUCCUUUGCUCCGCUUCGUGUAUUGUACCUGGAUUUAACAGCAGGGGCACAGUCACGGAAUUAUCACAGAAAUUGGUGUGUGUAUUACAAAGCAUCACUUUCUGCAUGUUGAUGUGGAGAUAUGGCUCUGAAAGAUACAAUCCUCCCGAUCAGCGAGAUGUCCUUUCCCUUUCCAGACGUGGUGGAACUGAACGUGGGUGGCCAAGUCUAUGUGACAAAGCACUCCACGCUCACCAGUGUUCCGGACAGCACUUUGUAUAGCAUGUUUUGUAGGAACAACGUGAAGGAGCUGCCCAGGGACAACAGAGCACGGUUCUUCAUAGACAGGGAUGGCUUCCUUUUCAGAUAUGUACUGGACUAUCUGCGGGACAAGCAGCUCUCUCUCCCAGAUCACUUCCCAGAAAAGGAAAGACUUUUAAAGGAAGCUGAGUAUUUCCAGCUCACCGACCUGGUGAAGAUACUGACGCCUAAAGUCACCAAGCAGAGUUCUCUGAACGAUGAGGGCUGUCAGAGUGAUCUUGAAGAGAACUCCCAGUGCAGUGACCUGAUCAGAUCUGCAGCGUUGGAUAAAAAAUCUGGCUUCAUCACUAUAGGCUACAGAGGCUCCUACACCAUGGUCAGAGAUAACCAGGCUGAUGCCAAAUUCAGAAGAGUUGCCAGGAUAAUGGUUUGUGGUAGGAUAGCUUUAGCAAAAGAAGUUUUUGGAGAAACCUUGAAUGAGAGUAGAGACCCUGAUCGUCCCCCAGAAAAGUACACAUCCAGGUUCUACCUAAAAUUCACUUACCUGGAGCAAGCUUUUGACAGGCUCUCGGAAGCUGGGUUUCACAUGGUAGCGUGCAAUUCUACUGGAACAGCAGCCUUUGUCAACCAGUACAGGGAUGACAAAAUCUGGAGCAGCUAUACAGAGUACAUAUUUUUCAGAUCCCCACAUAAACUAGUAUCUCCAAAACAAGACUGUGAAGAAAUAAAGCAAGAAAACAUCUUAGACAAAGAUUUUCUGGGAAGCAAAACAUAAAGGAAAAUAAAUGCAUGUCUUCAAGAGAACUACUUCUGCUAGAAUUUCUUCAGAUAUCCAUUCACUUCUGUAUCUAAUAUACAAUUUUGUGAAGACUUUUAUGAAAAUAAAUCAAUAUUUACAGUAUGAACUUCAAAAGUUGAGACCAAUGAAAAUAUCUGGAAUAACAUUGAGGCAGAUACAAUAAAAUAUUCAACUUGCAUGAUUACUGCCUUAGAAAUGAACACAAAUAUAAGAUCAUGUUGGAUGUUUGCUUUGGUAAUUAUUAUUUCAUUUUUAGUCAUUAGGCAUUAGUUUUUAUAGUACUGGAGCUUUUAAUAAUCAUUUCCAUAAAAUCUUUAAAUUGGGAAUUGAUUUAAAUCUGAUUUUUUAAUUGUCAAUUGCGUGGUACUAUUGUAAACUAACCUUUCACUUUAAUAUUUGUACAUAAAGUAGUGAUCGCCAAGACUACAAAUACUGUGUGAAAUAGACAGUAAUAAGUUUAUACUGUAACUAUAAAAUUGUUGUUUUUCUGGGUAGUUUGAUAUUAAAUUAAUUAUAAUCAAAGCAUAAUAAGCAGUGCCAAUCU